AUGUCAUCGAAAGUGACAAAAGACACUCUGUUUGAGUGCGUGAACGGAGUGUUGGAAUCAUCCAAAGGUGAUAACGACGGCAAGAAGAGGAAGUUCUUGGAGACGGUUGAGCUACAGAUCGCCCUCAAGAACUACGACCCGCAGAAGGACAAGCGUUUCAGCGGAACGGUUAAGUUGAGACACAUUCCGCGGCCGAAGUUCAGGAUCUGUGUGUUGGGCGAUCAGCAGCACUGCGAUGAGGCCUCGGCCAACAGCCUGCCAUUCAUGGACGCGGAGGCCCUGAAGAAGUUGAAUAAGAAUAAGAAGUUAGUGAAGAAGUUGGCCAAAAGCUACGACGCCUUCCUGGCCUCGGAGUCGCUCAUCAAACAGAUCCCGCGUCUGUUAGGCCCCGGACUCAACAAAGCCGGCAAAUUCCCGACCCUUUUGACGCAUAACGAGAAUAUGAUGGCCAAAGUGGACGAAGUGAAGGCUACUAUCAAACUCCAGAUGAAGAAAGUGUUGUGUCUGGCGGUGGCCGUCGGACACGUGGACAUGUCGUCUGACGAAUUGGCGCAGAACAUCAACUUAACCAUCAAUUUCUUGGUGUCGCUCCUCAAGAAGAACUGGCAGAACAUCCGUUCCCUUCACAUCAAGUCAACAAUGGGUCCGCCGCAGAGACUCUACUAA